UUUGGGGGUAGCAGACAGACUUUCACAGCCCGCCAUACCGUUUCAUAACUCCCUGUUUCCGGCUAACACUUUUUCUUUGGCCGUUUUGUGUUUUUUUCUCUCCCUCUCUCUCUCUCUCCUCCCUUUGCAACAACCGUUUUACCAUUUCAGUUGCUGCUGCUGGUGGGUUUUUUUUGUGUGUUGUUGGAAUAUAUCAUUAUUUCGAAGGUGCUGUUAUAAUUUUACACCCUCCCUUCUUCCCCUCCCCACCCCCUCCCCCCCCCAAAAAAAAGAGAGAAGCCCUAAGAAUCACAAUGAACAAGCUGUACAUCGGGAAUCUGAGUGAAAGCGUGACUGUGCCAGAGUUAGAAACUAUCUUCAACGACUGGAAGAUUCCUUUUUCUGGGCAAUUUCUACUCAAAGCGGGCUAUGCCUUUGUAGAUUGUCCAGAUGAGAGCUGGGCAAUGAAAGCGAUCGAUACCUUAUCCGGUAAAGUCGAACUCCAUGGGAGACACAUAGAAGUGGAACACUCAGUACCCAAGAGGCAGAGGAGUCGCAAGAUCCAGAUCCGGAAUAUUCCACCACAUAUGCAAUGGGAGGUAUUGGAUGGAUUGCUAGCCCAACAUGGAGCUGUGGAAAACUGCGAGCAAGUUAAUACAGAAACUGAGUCAGCAGUGGUGAAUGUUACAUACGGAACAAAGGACCAAGCCAGACAAGCAAUAACCAAGCUGAAUGGCUACCAGCUGGAGAACUACAGCCUGACAGUCACCUACAUCCCAGAUGAACAAGCAGGACAGCAGGGUCAGGAGACGGGUCGCAGGGGCUACAGCGGUAGAGGCCCCACUCCACAGGGCUCAGCCACACCCACAAAGCAGCAGUUUGACAUUCCCCUGCGCAUCCUGGUGCCCACCCAGUUCGUAGGAGCUAUUAUUGGAAAAGAAGGAGCUACCAUUCGGAAUAUCACCAAGCAAACACAAUCCAAGAUUGAUGUCCAUCGGAAAGAGAAUGCGGGAGCAGCAGAGAAGCCAAUCAGCAUUCACUCGACGGCAGAGGGUUGCUCGGCAGCAUGUAAGAUGAUCCUGGAGAUUAUGCACCAGGAAGCACAGGCAACCAAAACAGCUGAAGAGGUUCCACUGAAGAUACUGGCACACAAUAACUUCGUCGGCAGGCUGAUUGGGAAGGAAGGCCGGAAUCUGAAGAAAGUGGAACAGGAUACCGAAACAAAAAUCACGAUCUCUCCCUUGCAGGACCUAACACUUUAUAACCCAGAGAGAACCAUCACAGUGAAAGGCUCCAUCGAAGCUUGUUGUAAAGCUGAGGAAGAUAUCAUGAAAAAAGUGAGAGAAGCCUAUGAGAAUGACAUUGCUGCUAUGAAUCUCCAGGCAAACUUGAUUCCUGGUCUCAAUCUGAAUGCUCUGGGCUUGUUCCCACCUUCCUCAUCCACCAUCCCACCUCAUCCUGUCGGAGUAGCACCAGCAACACCUUACGGCCCCUACAUGCAAACCUCUGAUCCUGAGACAGUCCAUGUAUUCAUCCCAGCCCAGGCUGUGGGUGCCAUUAUUGGAAAGAAAGGACAACACAUCAAGCAGCUUUCUCGAUGUGCGGAGGCUUCAAUCAAGAUCGCUCCAGCAGAAAGUCCGGACACCAAACAGCGCAUGGUGAUCAUUACAGGGCUGCCAGAGGCUCAGUUUAAGGUCCAGGGCAGGAUCCACGGGAAGCUGAAAGAGGAAAAUUUCUUUGGACCCAAGGAAGAAGUCAAACUUGAGACGCAUAUUAAAGUUGCUGCCUCAGCAGCUGGCAGAGUGAUAGGAAAGGGAGGAAAAACUGUGAAUGAGCUGCAGAAUCUGUCCAGCGCUGAGGUUGUAGUGCCUCGAGAUCAGGUCCCAGAUGAGAAUGACCAAGUUGUCGUCAAGAUCAUUGGUCAUUUUUACGCAAGUCAGCUAGCACAAAGAAAGAUCAGGGAAAUAUUAGCUCAAGUCAAACAUCAGCAACAGCAGAAGGUACAAAGCAACCAGUCCCAGCCUCGGAGGAAGUGAAAACACCAAAAUACUCCAGACACGUCCCAACAAUGAAGACAGAUGCCAGGCCAAAGAGUGGCUGUAUUUAGAUCAACGUUUUGUUCACUUUUUAAACUGUGGAAGGCUAAGUAAACAUUGUGGAAAGAAAUUAUAAUAAGUUGAUGUAAUUUAAGACGUUUUUUUCUCCACUUGAACUAUGUAAAAGAAAAUUUACACGAGCAGAGCCUCAAUUCCAUGUGGGGGACAGGGCAAACCUUCUCUCUGGAUACAGACAAUAUGUCACCUGGGAGACUGGAGAAGCUGUUACUUAUAUAGGCCUGAAACCCAUUUCCACUUAGAGCUAUACUGGUCAUCCUGUUACAGGUUAAUUCUUACCAAUUUUGGGUUUGUGACUUAUUUCUGAUGAUAAAUUGCUUGUUAUUUAAUAGGAGAAUGACUAUACUAGCAACUUCCGUUAUUAAAAUUUUUUUGAGAAGGAUCCUCCCAAUUUGAUUCCUCUACAAUGAGUGGAUUCUUCUCUUCUGCCCUAUCUAAAACCCACCAUUGUAUUCUCACUCUUAUUUCUGACAGUUGGUUACAGGGAGACCAUGUCAUGCUGGCCAGAUCAUUGACAAGGUGAUGUGGUGAAUAUGGUUGGGUUUGUUUGUAGACUAUGGACAAUAGCAAAAUUGGAUUCCAACAUAAAAAUAUUCUAUUACUUGUCAAUGACAAACAAAAGGCAAGACUGAAUCUGGGAUGUGGGAAGUCAAGAGAGAAAAAUAUAUCAAGUGAAAAUUUGGUUAAGAAGGCAAUCUACCUCAUAGCCAUAAGAGGGCAAGUAACGGCCAUCAGAUCUAUCCAAUCGGAUAUAGUUGUAGACUUCCAGCUUUGUCACUGAAUGCAGGUCAGUAUAUUUUUUUUUAGGUAGUUGAUAAUUGAAGCAAAUUGAAGGACAUUCCAAACCUUUAAGUCAUGGCCCCAAAGCAUUUGAUUAACUUUCGCUAAUCUGAAAGGUCUGAAACACAGUGCUUGUUAAUAUAGCAUUCAUUUGUUUUAAAAAAAGCCACAUCAUUCAGUGUAGGGAUAAUAUAAACUUGUCUGUGUCAGGUACCAUUAGGUUUUGGUCAGUCGACACAACAUAAGAGAUGCACAAGUAAAAGCUUGUUUAUGGAUCUUUGAAGUAGAUUAGAAAUAUUCUCACAAUAGAUGGAAAGUUUCCAUUUAGGUCAAAUCAUAAUAGCGAGACACAUAAUGCGUGAGAUAAGGAGCAGCAGAACAAAAAAACAAAGCUGGAAUGGCUUUGCAAAGUGAAGGUGUUGUACACUGCUGAACUUUCUGUGGGUUCCUAACACCUUGUUGUCCACAUCAAAAAGAUUCCAAGAAUUGAACUUUGAAUCAAAACUAAAGUCAAAAUGCCAAACAGUAGACCACUAGAUCUAUGGAAGAGUCUGAAAAGGUUGUUACCUAUGCUAGUUUCAGACCUGCUAGUUGAGUUAGGAGGUAGAUGGAUAGUUUGAGUGCAGUGUGUCAGCUGGUAUAUACUGCUAGCAACAUCUGUGAAUGGAAAAUCAAGGCCCUGUUGUAUUUCAGUUGGAGUAGAGUUAAUCUUUCAUUGAGUCUAACUCUGGAAUCAUGUUUUGAAAGAAAACACAAUAAAGUCUUGGGAGUCUUACCCCUGCUUUAUUGCCCAUUGUAAAUGUUUGACAUUAAUGGAAUCUUCUAAAAGAUGUUGGAAAAUUAUUUAAGACACAAUCUUUACAAAUGCUUCCUACAGAUAAUUAUUAUUCAACAGUCUCUAAAAGGGGUUUUGGGAUUAGGUGACAAUGCACACAAAAGGACAUUGCAUUCUUUUUCCUCUACCACUUCCAUCAAUCUAUUGAUAGGAUACCAUGAGCCAGCUGAGCUUUGAUCAUUGGCUGAGUAUAUCUUUGUGAUGGACACCAUCUUUGGAAUAAAAUUGGGACACGGAGAAAAAAAGCAACCUUCAUUUGAGUUAAAAUGAUUCUUGAUUUGUCUAAGUUUAUUCUUUCAUACUAAGCCUUCCACAGUGUUAAAAUGCUAGAAAAUUGUGUAUUCUUGCCAAAUCUUAAAUGAACUGUGAUGAUUGAUAAGGUAAUGCCAACCAUGUGUGGUAUUAACUUAAAAUUUAUUCCGCUUUCUUGAACUAAACUUAUGAAUUAAUUCCUUCCAAAUGGCCAAGAUUUUAGUGUGGUGUUUUCCCCACAACGAUCAUGUCACCUUCCAGGGCCAAACAGAGUUACAAUUGGAACUUUGCGUGGUGGACACAAAUCUGUUUUAUCUUGUCAUUUUUUUCUCCAACCCUUGAAUUUGUAGUAAGGAAAGAAAGUGGAAUGAAACUAAGAGUCCCACAUGUGAGGAGUAUGGUAUUAACUGAAAGAGAUUAAAAAUAAGUGAAUCAUUGGAAGAAAGAGUGAUAACAACUUUGACAUCUGGUCCAGUCCCUUUUCUAGGAACGAUGUGUUUUUUUUCAAUUAACUGAAUUGUGAAAAAUAAAAUUGAAAGAGAAAGAGAAAACAUGACACUGCUAAGGAACACCGAAGGAAGUAUAUUCACCGGUGAUGGCCCAGGGCAUCACUGUGUGCUUUUACUAGACUACCUCAGGCGUUUAGUACCUCAACAUUUGUUCCUUUUUUGCUUGCUGGUAUUUUAUAUACUUAUAAAGCUGAUAGUCUUGAAUAUUUUAUUUUUUUAAUAAAAGAAAGUAAAAUUUGCUGAGUUACGUACAACAGCCAGGAAAUGUGUGGAGUGGGCUGUUAGUUUUGCCCCUGCUUCUAGUCGUUGGAAGUGUUUAAAUAAUUUUAAAAAAAAUUGAAAAUUGCAGCAAUUGCCUCAGAUCUGAGGUACAGAGGUGCCACAUUGGGAACAAUUUGCAUUUUUACGUACUUAAAGGCAGUUGUGAUGAUGCAGCUAAAUGCCACAUUUUUCUAUUUUUAGACAUUGAAAAAAUCAUUAGAUGUGAUUUUCAGUUAGUGAUGUGUAAAAAGCUUGGAUUUCCUACACUUACUCAAAUUCUUUAGUUUUGUCACUAUUGUUGUGUUAGCUACUUUCAGUAUACAUAAUUAAUAACCCUGUAAUGUGUGAAAGAUUUUAUCUCUGCACACAAUGCUUCCUCUGUCCAUGUUUAUAAUGAGAGCAAACCUUGAAAAUUAUGUCACUCUGAAAGUAUACCUUUCUAUAUCUGG